AUGCACCAGUCAAUUGCAACCACGCCCCCAGGUCCGGGGAAUAGCGGGGACUUUGACUUUCGGGCCAUCCAAUCCCACGUAAAAUCACCGCCCUGAGGCGACAAACUGCUGGUAAAAUCCCCGCCAAAUGUCCCGCACCCCAGGGACAUCCUAGAAACUGAGAAAGAUCCAACACAAUGCUUUUCAAGUGCACCCUGGUAUUGCUUGUUUGCAUACUCCUGAUUGACCCAUCAGAUGCGUGGGGCAGAAGACUUAAGAAGAAACUGAAGAAAAUUAUCAAGAAAGUGAAAGAACCGGUGAAGAAAAUUGGCUGUAAGGCUCUGUUCGCAGUAGCUUGUCCAGCCAAUCCAAUCGCAAAAGUUGCUUGUACAGUCGGGGAGAGAAAGAUUUGCAAACGAAGUGUUGAUAUGAGUGUAAACAUAGAGCCGUUUUCUGACGACAUGAGCGAUUAUGACGUCAACGGUGACAAACGCGUGAACUACGAGGAGUUUGUGUCAGCGGUAACGAACACCGUCAACCUGGCCGAGCCGGCGGAGCUGCGCAGACCUUUCACGUUUGCUGAUGUCAAUGGUGACGGUGAAUUGGACACACAGGAGUUCAUUGCUGCCCCGUUCUUGUUUGCACAUGUCGAGCGUUCAAAUAAUACAAACACAAUAAGCACCACCUAAGAGAGGGUUUUAGCCGACUUGGCAGUAUAUGUAUAAAUAUAUGUAUAAUAUUUACGUUCAGAAAUGUAAUGACUCUUGACAUUAAAUGUAUUUUCUGAAAAAAAUUACUUCUGAUUGAACGAUAUGCAAGUGACGUUUUAUGUAUUGUUUAUACGAUUCACAGCUAACUGGUAUUAUCGAUAAAUCCUCAACUUACAAGAACGAUUGGAGCGCUUAGCUUCUCUUACUCGAGUUCAACCAUAACCAUAACUUUCUUUUCUAAAACAACAGAACAAAUAACUUGUCAAAAUUUUAUUUUGUUCUAUUUACAUUUAAAGUUUGGAUUUAAUGGCGAGGCUCCAUGUUAUUUACACAAACACGAAUUCACAAGCAUAAAGAGCGAACGAAGCAAUCUGGUCACCUGCCAACUUGGCGUAUUACUGGCGACCGCCCCAAAGGGCAAAGCAGCAGUUUGAAUAGCCCCCAAUGGGCUUUACGAGUUUGAUUAUGAAAUAAACUUAAGUAUUUGAACGUGAAUUCCGUCAAGGUGUACUAUGGCCGGAACUCACAAGUUAGCAUUUUAACUUUAAGUCUACUGUCUGUAUUUAUAUGAUUCAAAUAGAUUAAUAAAACAUCAUAAUUUAAGUGCUGCCGAACGCUAAUCACAACUCAUUAAGCAUUCUAUACAUAACAAACACAAAAUGUCACGAUUUUAAUAGGAGCCACGCCGCUGGUAAAUUCACGAGUUGUCCAUCCGAUGAGGGUUUGGGUCCCACGAGCGAAGAAUGUGCACCUGUGUUUGCGUAGUGGUCAGCGACUUCGCAAGUUCGUCGUGGGGGCCUUAAACGACCAUGGAUGUUUUAGCUCUGCUGAAAACAGAUAUGCAAAACGGGCGCAGACAAAUGCAUCACAUGCCGCUAUUCAUGAACAUAACUAUAAACAAAUCAAGAGCUAAGAAGCAAAAGGCACGUGAAUUUUUCUUAAAUAGCAAACCUAGCUCUUAAAAAACUAACCUUUCGGUUCGACUGCCUGAACGAAAGUGAAUCGGUGUGGUUUCGCGCUCGAUUUAGCGCAUGCGCUGAAUCUCUUUUUAAGUUUUAACCAAUGAAAAGCUUUAACGAAAUGGCGGGCGUGGGAAUCUUUUGAUUUCGUAAUACUGUAAGGCGCCCUCGAGCGGAUCUAUUGAAUGAUUAGAUGUGUAUUACUAAUGUAAACAUCAAGGUGCUGAAACGGGUUGAUUAUUCUCGAUAACAACAGCUAUUUUAUAGUUAAUAACUGGUAUUAAGUUUUUUUCGCUUGAUUUAAUCGGUUAUAUGUAUGCUACAUUGGCAAUUAGUUUUAAUUAUUUACUUGAAGCUUUUUUUGAACUUAUUCAAAUAAAAAUGUAUUCCUUGCAAUAUCUAAGUGUCUAUUGAAUUUUGUAAAUGUGUUUUGUUAAUACAAUUUUUUUGAAAACUUAAAACUAAAUUCACAAAAAAAUAAAUAAAUGUCUUUGAUAAGGCUUUAAGAUUUUUGAUUUUUUAAGUGAAGUUCUUCCAUAUCCCUGCUUGGCUUUGUCUUACAUCGAUAACAAUUUAAUAUCAUCUGAUCAUUUUUUUCUGAUUAUCAUGCCGACUUUAUCACAUUUCUUGUUGACCCACGUUGGUAACCCUUGUCCUGGAGAUGGGUCAUUGUUGGCUCGGCAUUUUAUAAUUAUUAUUUUACAAUGGAGAAAACAUUUGUUAGACUUAUCACCCUUAUUGGACACAGGUUGUACAUAUUUGUAAUGUUCCAUUAGAAUUUUGAAUACAAGUUUUUCUAUUUGUAUAUAAAAUGCAUAUCUCCUUAAGGAGUAAAUAAAGAUAUUGUAUUGUAUUGUAUUGUGUUGUGUUGUGUUGUAUUGUAUUGUAUUGUAUUGUAUUGUAUUGUAUUGUAUUGUAUUGUAUUGUAUUGUAUUGUAUUGUAUUGUAUUGUAUUGUAUUGUAUUGUAUUGUGUUGUGUUGUGUUGUGUUGUGUUGUGUUGUGUUGUAUUGUAUUGUAUUGUAUACGCGAUAUGUAAUAAUACUAAAUACUGUGUUUAACAUUAUUAUCACGAUAUCGAUUAUGCUAUCAUGCUAUAAACAAGAUGGAAACUAAACUUGGCCUUUGUUUGAUAAUAACCUUUGAGAAAAGAAAUGGACUAGCAGGGGCGUAGUUAGCC